GGGAUGCGAAUAUCAAAGUUGCUAAACGCAUCGGAAUGUGUAAAAGCGGAAGCAAAUCUUGUUCGUAUAUUACAAACGUAGUCGUCUCGCAAAAUGUUUUUCACAAAUAAUUACAAAAUAUUACCAUUGUCAUUUAUAUUUUACUUUGCACGUGUACCUCUCAUCAUAAUAACAAAGAAACAACGGUUGCUAAGGCAGUUUAAUCUCAAACGUAAUUCCCGCCGUCAUAAAUUAGAAUGCUUUUUGGGUGAGAGUGGUAUCCAUCACAUUUAAUGAACUUUUCAAUUCCGUUUUUGAAAGUUACACAGCAAAGAACAGCAUUUGAUUUGGAGAACACUUUAGAACAUGACAAACUUUACCUUUCUUUGUUACUAUGACAACAAACAAUUCUGUUCUGAGCUCUCUUUACUGAUUUAUAAAUUUAAAUGAUUGAAUUCCAAGGUUUGAGGAUAUUUAAAAUUGCUACUUAACAGAAGUUUAUUAUUUUUAAAUAAUCGAAUAGCAAUUUUUUAGAAGAAAAUGGAAGGGGAACCAGGAGCUGAUCAACAGGAUGAAGACAAUGUUGAGGAGGAGGAGGAAGAAGAAGAAGAAGAAGAGGAUGAAGGAGUGGCAGACGAGAAUGAUUCCAGUAAACUUUUCCAACAAAUUUUCACGACAUACCAAAAGAUCAGCGCGCAGCUGCACUUCACGGACGGCAUGGAGGAGGUGGCGCGGGAGUACACGCGCCUGUUCGACGCGGCCAAGGCGUGGCGCAUCCAGGGCGACGAGCUGGGCGAGCGCGUGUGCGCGCUGGAGGAGGAGCUCACCGACAUGGGCUUCAAGUACUCCGAGUGCAAGCAGUACGCCAUCGGCCUGCGCGAGGAGGUGGCCGUGCUCAAGCGGGAGCUGGCGGAGACGAAGAAGCUGGCGGACACGGCGCACACGCGCGAGCAGGGCGCCGUUGAGGUGGUGGCCGGGCUGCGCACGGAGCUGGCGCGCGUCUCCAAGGAGCUGGGCCACAAGGCGCGCAUCGCCGUCCCCGACGAGUGA